GAAGGGCGGGUGCGCGCGCAGGCCGGCUCCCCUCCGGGCAGGCAGGGUUCCUCAUAGGAGGCGCGAGCCCCCCCCCACCCCGUGGAUAAUGUCGGUGUCUCCCGUGAAGCGGCAGAAGAUGGAGUCGGUGCUGGACCAGCUCAAGCACCACACCACCGUGGUGGCCGACACCGGCGACUUCAACGCAAUUGAUGAGUACAAGCCCCUGGAUGCCACCACAAACCCAUCUCUGAUACUAGCUGCUGCUCAGAUGCCAGCUUACCAGGAACUUGUGGAUGAUGCUGUUGCCUAUGGGAAAAAACUUGGCGGGUCAGAAGAGGAACAGAUCAAAAAUGCUUGUGACAAACUCUUUGUAUUAUUUGGAGCUGAAAUAUUGAAGAGGAUACCUGGCCGUGUGUCCACAGAAGUAGAUGCAAGGUUGUCCUUUGAUAAGGAAGGAAUGAUUCAAAGGGCCAGGCGCCUCAUUGACCUUUAUAAGGAAGCAGGAAUUGGUAAAGAUCGUAUUCUCAUAAAGCUCUCUUCAACAUGGGAAGGAAUCCAGGCUGGCAAGGUUCUGGAAGCAGAGUAUGGGAUUCACUGCAACAUGACCUUGCUGUUCUCCUUUGCUCAGGCAGUUGCCUGUGCUGAAGCUGGAGUUACUCUGAUUUCCCCAUUCGUAGGACGUAUCCUGGAUUGGUAUGUUGCAAAUGGAGAUAAAAAAACCUAUGAGCCUUCAGAGGACCCAGGAGUGAAGAGUGUCACUAAGAUCUACAACUACUACAAAAAGUUUGGCUACAAAACUAUUGUGAUGGGUGCUUCGUUUCGAAAUACAGGAGAAAUAAAAGCGCUUACAGGCUGUGACUAUCUCACUAUUUCACCCAAGCUUUUGGCAGAGCUCAGCAAGGAGUAUGUCAAGUUAACUCCCACACUCAGUGUAAAAGAGGCUCAGGCAUGUGAGCUUCAGAAGAUCCACCUGGAUGAGAAGGCAUUCCGCUGGCACCAUAAUGAAGACCAAAUGGCUGUGGAGAAAUUAUCUGAUGGGAUCAGAAAAUUUGCUGCAGAUGCAAUUAAGCUGGAGAGGAUGUUAAAGGAGAGAAUGUUCAGUGCUGAAAAUGGAAAGUAGAAAAAUCAGAAUCUUCCUGAGUGGUCAAGGCUGAAUGAGUGGAUCACCUGGGGUUAAAUGGAUGUACAAAUGUCUUACCUGUAAAAGUCUUAUGCUAUGUAUGGAUAGAUUUCUGUAUCAUGCUUUUUUAUCAAUUUGCAAAGGGACAAAUAGAAUUUCAAAUUUUUGUGGCACUUUUGUCAAUACAUGCAAAUUAACAC